GUUCACAGGGUUUGCAAUAUUUAGGCGGGCCGUCAACAACAUGGCGUUUAGGGACGGACGUGUUUCGGUGACGCCGCACAGUAGCAUGGCGUGUUGGCAAAGAAACUCGCGGUGUUGUGUGUUCGCGUUUUUGUUCACUUUCGUCGUACUUCAGCAAGCGCCUUUCGCGUACAGUGCCGGUCAAGGUGUGCCGCAUGGCAGUUCGAACAAUGACGUUGCCGCUGACAAAUCAAGGCAUGUUGAGCCGACGACUGUUGUGAAGCUAGCUGAAGAUCCCGCAUGCGCUAAUGAUUUGCGGCUUAUGUGCUCCCCUAGCCAAUUGAAAAACAAUUUUAAUGUCUUGGACUGCGUUCAGAACGCUCAUCGAAAAGAAGAUGAAGGGCUGUCAGAAGCCUGUCAUCAUCUGCUCUGGAUAUACCGCCGUAAUAUAACUCAAGACAACCGCUUCAAUGAGGCAGCAUCAAAGUUUUGCCCACGGCUGAUGGAAAUGUUUCCUCAGUGUGUACCUGGCGAAAAGGGACAGCUUCUGGCGUGUCUUAUAGACCACAGUGAGAACGCAACAGAACCGGAGUGCCACACUUUCUUGGAGCGCAUGCAAUCAGUGGUCUUCUCGGACUAUCGUCUUGUGUACAAAUUCACGGAUGCUUGUGACUCGGAUAUUAAUCGAUUCACUUGCGGCCGAAUACCAAAGAGCCCUGAUGAGCGCCAUUCGCAGGGAGCAACACUUGAGUGCUUAUCACGUGUCAUCAACCAGCUUCAAGAUAAUUGUCGUCGGGAGUUACUGCACUUAGCUCGACUUCAAGGAGAAGAUUUCCAUUUGGAUCGGCCACUCUUCUUUGCAUGUCAGGAAGACAGAGACCGCCUGUGUCCUCAUGUGGCAUCAGGGGAAGGUCGCAUAUAUCGUUGCCUUCUGCGCCACCGCUCUAGCAGAGAAAUGAGCGAACAGUGCCGUGAGAAGCUGGCCCAGAGGGAGCAGCUGACAAUGCAGGACUUCCGGGUGAGCCAAGGUCUGAGCGCAGCAUGUCUGCAAGACAUCCGCAUGUAUCGCUGUCGUGAAAAAACCUCAAAUCGCCGGGAGUUCCGCUUGGCCCAGAUCCUCCUUUGCCUUGAGAAUGCAAUGCAUAAAGAAUAUCCAGUGGGAGCUGAAUGUCAGCAGGAGAUGUUGGAGCACCGUCGCUUUCUUCUUGAGAAUUACCAACUCACACCAGACCUUGCGUCGUCAUGUGAGCAGGAUAUUGCAACCUUUUGCCGGCGACGUCUCGAGCCCAAUGGCAAGACCCUCCACUGCCUAAUGAGGCAUGCCAGACCUUCAGCUCAAGGGAGCCAGCGUCUUUCAGACCAGUGCCGUCGACAGGUGGAGCAUGUACUGAAGGUUUCUGGUGCUGGAGAGGAUUGGCGAGUGGAUCCUGUUCUCCAAGAAGCCUGCCAAUCCACUGCUUCACACCUCUGCCAGGACGUCAAGCCAGGACGGGGAAGGAUGCUGUCAUGCUUAAUGGAUCAAGUCAGCAACAUUGCCAUGAAGGACACCUGCCGAGAAGCCUUGCUGCAGAUCCAGUAUUUUGUCGCACGUGACUUCAAAUUGGACCCUGUGUUAUACAAGGAGUGCAGGACAGAUGCAGUUACAUACUGCAAAGCCAAGAAAGAAUGGCACGAUGACCCCACUCGCAUGGACCCAGAGAGAGGCCCAAUAGUGCUACCUUGUUUGUACCGUUAUGCAUAUCAUCCAGAUGACAGCGUUCGGCUUUCAAAGCAGUGCCUUUAUGAAAUUCGAAGAGUAAUGCGGCAGCGAGCUGUUUCCAUUGACCUCCAUCCUGAAAUUGAAGAGCCGUGCAUGCCUGACCUUGCUGGCAUGUGCAGUGACCACCUGGGACGUGGGGAGGAAAUGCAGUGCCUCCAGGACAAUCUGGAAAAACUGAGCCGGGAUUGUCGGGCAGCAGUGGCCAACUACACUGAGGAGGAAGCUGAACACCUGGAACUUAACUACCCACUCUACCACAGCUGUCAGUCUGUGCUCAAAGACCUGUGCAGUGACCUACUUUCUAAGGAUGUUGACCAGGGAGACCUCCUGGGCUGCCUGGUUCAACACAAGAAUGACUUUCGCAUGAAAGAGGACCAACGCUGUAGGGCUGCUCUCGAGCAUUUCCAGCUGAUUUCAUUGAAAGACUACAAGUUCAGCUAUGCCUUUAAAGAAGCCUGCCGGAAGGAUGCUCAGGCAUUCUGUGGAAACUCAAAGUCUGGUGCUGAUGUUGUGAGCUGUCUUAGCAAGUUGGUGCUGGAUGAUGUCACUGAUGAGAAGACACCGCGAGUCUCUUCACGUUGCAGGCAGCAGCUGCGAGUCGAACUUUUCCAAAGGGAAGAAAAUAUCAAGCUAGAUCCAAAACUGGAUGCUGCUUGUGCUUCUGACCAACGUAGUCUGUGCAGCAAUGUUCACCCUGGUGAAGGCGCUAUGCUUGAAUGCCUGAAGGAACAUAAGAAUAAGCUCACCCGAGAAUGCCACAUUGCAAUAUUCCAGCGAGAACGUUUGGAAGCAGAAAGUGUUGGCUUGGACUACAGCCUCACAUUGGCAUGCAAAUUAGCACUGCGCCAAUUCUGUCCAGAGGUUGAACAUACCCGGGCCCUUCAAUGCUUGGCAAACCAUCGCAAAGAACCAACAAUGGAUGUUCGGUGCCGUACCAUGGUGCAACGCCGUUUGGUGGAACAAAACACUGACUAUAGGCUCAAUGCCCAGUUGCAGCAUGCCUGUCGCAUGGACAUUGCCAAGUUCUGCUCAGCCAUUGUGCUUGACAAAGCAGCAGAAAGCACUGAGCUGCAGGGAAAGGUAAUUCAGUGCCUCAAGACACAGUUUGUUCGACAUCAGCUGACAAAAACCUGUGAGCCUGUGGUGAUGGGCAUAGUGCGUGAUGCAGCACUUGACUAUCAGCUCGAUCCUGUCCUGGCAAGAGCCUGUACUUCUGAGAUUCAAAGCUCUUGUAAGGAUGAUCGUGACAUAGAGGAAUGCCUAAAGACACAUUUCCAAAAUCGUGACAUCAAAAACCCAGAGUGUAAGAAGGAGGUUGCUCGUCUCAUACAUGAAGGCAAGGCUGACGUUCAGGCAGAUCCUAUUCUAUACAAAGCAUGUUUGCAUGACAUUAAGCAUUUCUGCCAUGAUCUCACUCCUGGCCAGGGUCACUUGCUUUCAUGCCUUCUGACGGGUUUAGAGUCGGACACGAUUGCCUUGACAGAGGAGUGUCGAACGCUGCUUUCAAAACGAGUGGAAAUGUUUGAAUAUGCUGCUCAGGUGGCGCCCGUGGAGUCUAUUCGAGAUGUAGUGCAACAAAUUGCUAACUCUCCUUCACGGAACUACUUCGUAGUGGUAGCCAUGGGUGUGUUAGGCAUCAUCUUUGUAGGGGGAUUGUUCUGUGGCCGUGUCACCAAGAGGCUUCCAGCAAACCUCAAGAACAAGUGACAUGGGCAGUUGUAGAAGCACAAGACCAACAAUGAGUGAAAAUGAUGCAAUCUGCCUGCGGAAAGACCUUGCCGUAGCUCGCAUAACUGGAGUCAUUGCAGCACUGAAAUUCACAUGCCUCAUCAAAGGCCAGCCAAAGUUUCACUUGUGAACAUUGUUGGAGCUGCCUUAGCUGCAACAUUCAUUCAUGCAUAACUUGACAACCACAGCGUGAUGAUUUUGUGAGAGCAAAGGCCUUUCCUACCUACUUCAACAUUGCUGCCAUGUCAAACCUAGUUGUGUCACUUGUAUGAACGAUUGACUGAGUACUGAAAUGUCGACGUGCUAUGUUUGUGGCCCAUGAUUGCGUUUGAUGUCAUAUUUCUAUAUUUUUUUUUAGUAUUGUCGUUUUGGAGUCAUAGAGAGUUAGGUUGCUUCGAAAGUGACACUUGGUUGUCAGGCAUGUUUACUCAGUUUAAAAUAUUCUGUAAAUUUGUGCGGUGUAUUGAGUGAUACCAUCACUGAAGUAAUAUCUCACUCUAGUGGGCAUUCUACAAAAGCUGCAUUUUUAUCUUUAUUGUUAUUGUUGUAUCUAUUAUUUUCACUUGUCUUCGGUUUUUUCGACGUGUUACCCUCAGUCAUCUUAGGGCACACUACAGAUGACCUCAGAAUUAAUGUGCAAUCAAUUUGUGCACGACGUAUUUUUUCUAAUGUCUCAGAGAGGCCAGGAUAUUUACAUUUGUUCAAUUGUCCUGCUCCACUUUUCUUUGUCACCAUUUCUUGUUGGUGUUUUAUAUAAUUAUGAAUGCUUUGUAUACUCUAAUACAUAUAUUACGUGGUAUUCUUGUGAAUGGCACUAGAUGUUUAAUCAGUGUGCUAUUGUUUUUACACCUUUUUAGCUUCAGGCAUGUUUACAAGCAAAUUAUAAAAAUGAGCUUUAUUGCUUCUUUAUACAGGGUUUUUCCAACUUUGUUAUUGCUUCGGCUUCUUUUAGCUUAACAUUUUCAACUCCCUUGUGGUAUCCAUGUUUUCUUAGGUGGCCUUUAUUACUGAUGAAUUAGCGACACAUCUUUAAGACUUAGAAGAUCAUGCUAAUAUUUCUUCACUAAAAAUUGUUUUGCACUGUAAUCUAGUCUUUUUAUUACAUGCUACUAUUAUGUAUAAUCUGAAAUUUUCUUGACAUGGUAUUGCAGUGUCACCUUGCUGGACAUAUUAUCGCAUUGAUUCAUUAGGCCUGGUUUGUGCUUUUCUGGAAAUCUUUACAUUAGGGGCAUCAACUGCGGCUUUCUUGUACGGCAACAACUAAUGGCAGUACUCUUACUUUGCAUGUCAUUGGGAAAAGAUUCUGUUGUACAAAUAUAAUGUAGUGAAAUAUUGAGACUUAAUUCAAAUGACCACCCGUCCAGUGCUACACAUUCAUUGGUCAUAGGCACAAUUCAGUAGCUUUGACCAAAAACUCGUCAUUGCUUUCCUCAAAAUCAAGGAGCUUCAGUGUUGUAAAUAAUGUUUACAAAGCUUAUUGUGUGAGAAAUUCUUGCCAUAAAUGCCCUGGAUGCUUUUGUUUUGGCAUGUGUUUGUGAGUGGUACUGUAUUAGUGCUUUGUUUAUUUGUUCUUAAAAACAUUCGCUUGGCUUUGUUUCUAACUGUGUGAUGCACUAAAAUUGCUUCCUUUUGUCAACACAUCUGUGCAUUUCUCUGAAAUUUUUGUUAUUUUUUUGUCUGGAAUCAUCCAGCUCUUGGCACAGUCAUUAAGUCUCUUACCAAAAAAUUCACACAUGGCCUCUUCCAUAAUACUUUUAUUCCAAGCUUGUGAAAGAGAUGCAACUGCCUGUGAAACUUAGGGUAAUGUUAUAUUACAGGCUGUUUGCAGGGCUGCAUAAAUAACAUUCACUAUUUCAAUCAAAGAGAACAGCAUGGGAAUGUUUUGACGGCUUAGAGAUAUAACUGAAUUGUGUAAAGUUGCACAAAUGUUAAGAUAGCUAUCAUGGAAAUUCAAACACCUGCAUUGUUUUUUUUUUUGUUUUUUUUACCUUGGGUACUAGUUCACUAUAGACCUCUACCGGGGGACGUCACAGCGUGACGUCACUGGCGCACGUGCAAGGUAUGGUUGGCAAAACACCCCCGCUGGUAGCUUAGUGCGGUUCUUUCGUGUGCUGUUUGGGGCAAGUUUUUUUUCUUUUUCAAAGCUUAAACUUCAUGUUACAGUGAUGGCAUUAGCUGUAGUAUGUGUCAGAGAACAUCUAGCUGUGUGGUAAACUGCGUGAUAAAAUAUUUGCCACACUGGCAGACUGUUUGUCUUCAAGAAGUGAUCACAUGUGGCAGCCUGUGCGAGGAACAGUGGCAUCGUCUUUGAAAAUGUGCAGUGUUGAUUGUGGCAUGUAGUGUGCGUUGAAAGGCAUUGACAAUAUUGGUUCAUCUUUACGGAUGCUGAAACUGGGAAUAUUGUGCAUGGUGUGUGCAGUGUGUAUAAUGAUGCGUCUUGUUUGCAAAAACAUUGACGCACUUGUUGUGGGCCGUUGCAGCAACCGGUUGUCAAUGGAACUUCUUGGUUCGACAUUUUUGUCAAGUUAAAAAUGCGUUUGACGUGAUUUUCUGCGAGUGGGCACGUCUCAGUGUUUGCGCUGCAUGCAGAAAAAAAAAUUGCAUCAUCUUUGGGCUGAAAGAUAUGACUACGCGUUAACUAUAAGCAUGUUUACCAUUGCCGAAGCUGUCUAUACGCUUCGCCCCUGGGAGUACGCAAACCCAAUAAAAAUAUAACUCGUUUUAUCGGAGA